CCGCGUUUGACCGUGGCGGACACGACGACCAGCGUGCUCGACAUGACGGCCACCGUGUCAGACACGACGACCAUCAUGCUGGACACGACGACCGUUGUCGACGAGAGUGUCAGACAAGAAGACGGUCGUGCUCGAUACGAUGGCAGUCGUGUGCAACACGAAGACGGCCGUGUUCGACACGAUGGCGAUCGUGUUCGACCCGACGACGAUCGUGUUCGACACGACAACCAACGUGUUCGACACGACAAGGAUCGUGUUCGACACGACGAUGAACGUGUCGGACACGACGACCGUCAUGUUCGACACGACGACCAUCGUGUUUGACACGACGACCAACUUGUCAGACACGACAACAAUCGUGUUCAACACGACGACCAUCGUGUUUGACACGAUGACCAGCGUGUCGGACACGACAACGAUCGUGUUCAACACGACGACCAUCGUGUACGGCGAUCGUGUUUGACACGAUGACCAUCGUGUUGCACACGACAACGAUCGUGUUCAACACGACGACCGUCGUGUUUGACACGACGACCAGUGUGUCGGACACGACAACGAUCGUGUUCAACACGACGACUAUCGUGUUCGACACGACGACGACCGUGUCGACCAUCGUGUUCGACACGACGACGACUGGGGUGAAAGUGUUCAAGAAAACUUGUUGACGUCACCGAUAAACCAGCACUGGACAC